AUGUCUGAACAAGAGCGUAUCCAGGAAUGCCUGAGGAAAGAAAUAAGGUCACUUCUCAUCUCCACCAAAGAUGGUUUGACCCCACAGCAGUUGGAAAAGGAGUACCUUUUGAUGGUUGGCAGCCAUUUACCACUCCGGGUUCUUGGAUAUCGGUCCACUAUGGAGCUGGUGUUGGACAUGCCUGAUGUUGUCACUGUCUGCCCUUGUGGGGAUGGUACUGUAAUACUGAAAGCCAUUCCAGAUGAAUCCACCAAAGGAAUAGCAAGUUUAGUUGCAAAACAGAGGAGCAACCAUAAGGUUCGAAAUUCCAUGCCAAGGGGAAGGGCCAGUGUUUGCUCUGGGCCGAGCUCCCGUCGGCGAGUACCUUACCGGGGAAGGGUGCCUCCCAUUCUUCCAGCUGUUGUGAAGAGUGAGUUGAAAGACCUGUUGGCGUUAUCUCCCGUUCUCCUUUCUGAUUUUGAAAAGGCAUUUUCCAGGCGAUUUGGACGUUCAUUCCAGUAUGUACAGUAUGGAUUCCUCUCUAUGUUCGAAGUACUUAAUGCUGCUUCAGAUGUCAUUUCAGUAGAGCAGACCAGAGCAGGUUCUUUGUUGAUGCUAAGGAAGAGCGUAACAGAGGAAAAGCAGAGAGGAUGGCCAGCAGGAGGUAAAAUGUUUACCCAGCCUUUUAGAAUGAAACAACAAAGGUCCUACCCUACAGUCUCCCCAGUCACAAAGGCACGCUUUUCGCAACCCACUUCAAACUUGGAACCACCGAAGCAAAUACUGAACGUGGAAAAUACUUUUAAGUCAAAUGUGGUAGAGACUUCAAGGCUGAAUCACGCUGAAAAAUUAAACCAGUUGGAGAACACAUUCAAAUCAGUUAUUGCACAAAUUGGGCCUGGAGGGACUAUCAAUCCAGAACUAAAACAUAAGAUAAAAUUGGUUGUAUCCAAAUUUCCAGAGGGUUUGCUUAUUUCUAAACUUCUUGGGGAGUUUGAGAUAAUCUUUAAAGAGCAACUUUCACCAAAAAAAUUGGGCUUCUUAAAUGUGACAGAACUCGUUGGAGCUCUUAGUGACAUUCUGCGUGUUGAGUUCAGGGAAGGAGAACAAGACUUACUGGUGUUUGAUGCUGAUAUGAAGCCACUCCCACCUGAUGAACCCAUUUCAUCAGUCAAAAAUUCAUGUUUAGUUCAAUCAGAUAAGAAAAUAGAAGUCAAAGCUUGUGUCUCCAGUCCCCCUAGAAAUUCACUGUCUACUGCUGCUAUCAAGGAGACUGCCUGGGAUUGUCUUCCUAAAAACCCUAAAGAGCCAGAAAAGAAGAUUUGCAAAAAGCCUAAUCUGGUGGUAAAGCCUUUACAGCUGCAAGUGGAAGUUGAUAAGUCACAGCUCAGCCUGGCAAUUGCAAACCAUGAUAUCCCACCAGAUGCUGUACGGGACAAGAAAUUAUGCAGACUGCCACCAUUAGAUACCAGUACCCUUGUGGGGGUCUUUGUGGAGUAUAUCAUCUCUCCUAGUCAAUUCUACAUCCGAAUCUAUAGCAGGGAUUCAUCAGAGUUACUUGAAGACAUGAUGAUUGAAAUGCGGCGCUGCUAUUCCAAUCAGCUGGUUUCUGAUCGAUAUGCCAUGCCGGAGUAUUUUAUCCAGCCGGGACAUCUCUGUUGUGUCAGGAUUUCUGAGGAUAAGUGGUGGUAUCGGGUCAUUAUCCAUCAAGUCCUCGGGAAACAGGAAGUUGAAGUAUUCUACCCAGACUUUGGAAAUAUUGGAACUGUUCAGAAGUCCUCCCUAAGGUUUCUCAAGUGCUGCUACACAAAGCUCCCGGCUCAGGCCAUUCCUUGUUCCUUGGCUUGGGUGAGACCAGUACAGGAACACUGGACGUCCAGAGCUAUUUUGCAGUUCCAGAAGUUGUGUGGUUUGAAGCCAUUAGUGGGGGUAGUGGAUGAAUAUGUAGAUGGAAUCCUUAACAUUUUUCUCUGUGAUACAUCCUCAAAUGAAGACAUCUACUUCCAUCAUGUCUUGAGAACAGAGGGCCAUGCUAUUGUUUGCCGAGAAAACGUCCCUUCUAAGGGUUUCAGAGAACUCAACCCUUUAGCUUUAUAUACUAAGUCUGAUGCAGGACCAGAGGACGUGGUCCUGACAGAACUGGGUUAUCCUUCCCAGCAACGCUAUUUUAACAAAGACCGAGAGAUAAGUCCACAAUCAAAGGAGAGUGAGUUAUAUACCCUGGAUAUUAAUGAUGAAAAGGCUUUCAGUCACCUUAAAUCUGAGUUAAAGGAGCCAUUAAAGGAUUCUGAAUUCAGUUCUUUGAAAACCCAAGAUAAGAGCUGUGGAGAAGAUCCCAAGUGGUCCUUCCCAGAGCUGAAGGAUCUGAAGGAAGAAAAUGAGGAUGAGAUCCCCACUGGAAUGCCAUGCCUAGAAUCAGUGACUAUUGGUGAUGAUGUUUGGGAUGAGAACUGGCUACCUUUUCAGGCUAAAAUGGGAAAAGGGGGUGAUGCUGCCUCCCACUUAUUUACCUCAAGCCUUGGUGGAAAGAAGCCUUAUCCGUCAUGUGAGGAAAUGCCGCAGAAGGAUUGGUGCUUUUCUAAACUCAAAGAUACAUGGGAUGAUUCAUGGCAGCCUUCAGGCCUUGUGAAUGGAAUGAAAGUAGAAGCUCAAAAGCAAGAGGGACUGGGUGCUCAGGAGAAAAAUACUGGCACAACCAGAAUUCAAAAGCAGCCAAGCUCAGAGAGUUCUUCAGACUCUUCCACAUUGCCCAAAUUGGAAGAGUUCUACAUCUCUCUUAUCCAGUCACAGCAGUCAGCAGAAGGGAGCCAGUUUGAGCCCAGCAGCACUCAGACUCAGGCAAAGCAAACCCAGCUACCCCCAGCAGCCUUCAGCGCAACCCCUACGGGGAUUGAUUCCCCAGAAAAACACUCUGGUUCAGUGGAGAGCUCUCCAGAGCGCCUGAAGAAUGAUUUUUCUAGUAGCCAUGCUAUUACAGUGUUCAAAGACAAGAGUCACGGAGCCAUGGACCAGCUGUCUUUGAUUUUGUCUCCUGACCACCAGAUCUCCCAGAAGCUCUACAUUCCCCGGAGUACAGCCACUGCCGCCUUAGGAGCUGCUGCGCGGCUGGCCACAUCCAGGAGCCUCCUACAUUGGUAUCCCAGUGUGAAAAGGAUGGAAACUUGAGGGAGGAAGUCGAGGAGAAAGCAAUAAGCCAGGUGCUUUAGGGCUUGGUGAUUUCCCAAGGCCAAAAUAAGGCGGUAUUGAGACAAAACGGUAUUUUGAUAGUUGAUGCUUAUGUCUUUCUGUGUGAUUGUAUGUUAGCUGUGUUAUGCUAACAGUCCACUUUGUUGUGUAAGUAUUGAUAUUUAAUGUUUUAAUGUUUAUUGUUCCCUAUAGUUUUGUUCACCUCAGUUUAAUGUAGUGUAAAGGAAUUCGUGUGUGUGUUUCUAUAAAUGUCUUUCUUGUACAUAACAUGACUGAUAAAUGAAAACUGGAAAACUGAUGUCUUGUGAUCCAUAUUUAGUAAGACAAAAAUGAUCUCUGAUUCUUCAGAAAAAGGAUGUCUGAAUUGUAAGGCUCCUUUUUUUUUUUUUUUCUCAUUUGAAAUUUUCUAGAUCAUGGAGAUAAUCCAGAGCUCCACUUCUUACCACUAUCAUUUCUUUAAAAUGCUAGGCUCGGUGAGAAAAUCCA